GAACCACUUCUCUCUUGUCUGAAUCCAAAAUCUUAAUCUACGACCCCAACGGUCACUUUUCCUCCAAAACAUAAUCUCACUCAACGGUCACUUCCCUCUCCUCCCCUUUACAAACCAAUCUCCUUCUCUUUUUCCCUCUCGAGAACAACUCCAUGAAAACAACAAAAGAAAUGAUAAUAGAGCGCGUUAUAACGAUAGAGUACCUUGACCCCUCAAUGUCCCAGAAUCUCCUCUGCAAGUUUCCCGAUGACUCUGCAUUUGGCUUCAAUUACUCUGAGAGUGGGAUCUGGUCACCACUGCUUCCAAGAGGCCGGAGUGGGUCUGAAGCAUUCGGGUCCUCCGAUAAGCUGUUGGGAACAAGAGGGAAGGCAAUGAAGAGGAGGAGGAAGAAGAAGCUUAAUGGGCUUAACAAGAGAUUGGAUUUCUCUCCGAAUCCUAAAACCACUCCUAAAAGGGGAUGGAAUUGGUUGUUGAAGGCCGCGGCAAGGCGAUUUAAGGUGCAGAAGAGAGCAGCUAUCCAGAUGAUCCUGCCUACUCUGUGAACUUUUUUUUUUCAUAUUUUAUUGGUUGCAUUAUGUAUCUUCUAUUAUUUGUAGCUCAUGAGAUAACAAUAAAAGUUGCUGUUAAUGAGUUGGUAAGGA